GCUGAUUCCGCCGCCGCCUUCAGAGGAGCGCCAUUUUUCGUUCUCGUCACGGGAUUACAGCAUGCUCUCAUCCAGCAGAUAAUAACAUCGAUUUCAGCGUUCUGUGACCCACUUCCCAGGAUCUCCGCAUAAUGGGGCGAAAGAAGAAGAAGCAGAUGAAGCCUUGGUGCUGGUACUGCAACCGAGACUUUGAUGACGAGAAGAUCCUCAUUCAGCAUCAGAAAGCGAAGCACUUCAAAUGCCACAUUUGCCAUAAGAAGCUGUACACCGGUCCCGGCUUGGCUAUUCACUGCAUGCAGGUCCACAAAGAGACGAUUGACAGCGUGCCGAACGCCAUUCCCGGAAGGACAGACAUCGAGCUGGAAAUCUACGGCAUGGAGGGAAUCCCGGAGAAAGACAUGCAGGAAAGGAGGCGAACAUUAGAGCAGAAAUCACAAGAGGGUCAGAAGAAGAAGUCGAAUCAGGACGACUCUGACGAUGAUGACGACGACGACGAGGCGGGGCCGUCUGUUCAGCAGGUAGCUGCCGUGCGGCCCCAGGCGGGGUACGUCGCCCCGAUGGCCCAGCCUGGAAUACCGCCUGUGGCCGGCGCUCCGGGGAUUCCUCCUGCAGGAUAUCAAGGAAUGCCUCCUAUGAUGCCAGGCGUUCCUCCCAUGAUGCACGGCAUGCCUCCCGCAAUGCCUGGAAUGCCACCGGCCAUGAUGCCAAUGGGGGGGAUGAUGCCUCCCAUGAUGCCAGGGAUGCCCGCUAUUCCUCCAGGGAUGCCGCCUCACAUGGCUCCACGGCCGGGGAUGCCCCACAUGGCUCCGGCCCCCGCAGCAGGGCCCAUACCCAGCCGGCCGGCAGCACCGGCCAUUCAGCCCGCUGUCACCAAACCUCUCUUCCCCAGCGCAGCGCAGAUGGGCUCUGGCGUUAACAGCAGCGCUGCAGCCGUUUCCUCUCCACCCGCAGACCAUCAGUCUGCUUCUUCCCAGCCUCCCUUUUCUAACAUGCCCCAAGCCCAGCACAGCCCUUCAGGAGCCGCAGCGUCCAACUCGCUGAGCACCGCCGCCUCCUCAGAGCCUCCCAAGGCGACUUUCCCCGCCUACACCCAGCCCUCUGUCUCCUCUUCCACCUCUUCCUCUUCUUCUAAUCCCUCUAGCAGCACUGUGGCUAAACCCCCGGCCACAGUGACCAGUAAGCCCGCCACGCUCACCACCACGAGUGCAACUAGUAAGUUGAUCCACCCUGAUGAGGAUAUCUCGCUGGAGGAGAUGAAGGCCCAGCUGCCCCGCUACCAGCGUCUCAUACCCAGGGCCGGCCCGGCCCACGCCGCUGCUGCGCCCCCCGUGGCAGCUGUGGGUAGCAUAAUGCCCCCCCAGCAGGGUCUGCCACCACAGCAGCCUGGCAUGAGGCAUCCCAUGCAUGGUCAGUACGGCGCCCCACCUCAGGGCAUGCCUGGCUACAUGCCUGGAGGGAUGCCUCCAUACGGGCAGGGUCCUCCUAUGGUGCCCCCUUACCAAGGAGGCCCGCCCAUGGGUAUGAGGCCGCCCGUCAUGUCUCCAGCGGGGCGCUACUGAAGAAGCAAAGCACCCACCACAUUAGGUUUGAGGUUAACACCUUUCUCUCACCCCUUGUGCUUUUUCAAACCUAGCUGCAAGCAAAGAGCAGUAAGCCUACAGUGGUGGCGAAGACGAACACGGUGUGUUUAAGAGAAAACAAACAAAACAAACCCCCGCAUGGACAUUUUAUUGUAAUGUUUAUUAGACAAACCGCCAAACACCAUGAAUAUCUAACGGCUUUUCUGGUGUUCCUUGAUCACAUGUGAGGAUAUAUUUUUUCCCAUAGGUUUCACUCAGGUUCAUAAAGGUGAAGUGUGUAAAAAUGAUUCGUAUUUCUUUUUGAAGCUGCUGGAGUUACAUGAACAUACCGACCCCUUACAAAGGCAAGUUUCUUUUGAGAACAUUUGAUUCUUCUUAAUUCUUCGGUAGAUUGGCUGAGGCCCUCACAGCAUGCGCAGGUGCUGUUGGACAUCCGUCCCCAACCGUGGUUGGUGAGGGUCUCUGAUUUAAGGUGGAUCCAACAGAGUUGUGUUAAAAAUUCAUCAGUCACUAGCUUUAUUCUUUUUUUCAGGUUUGUUUUAAUAUUACUUGGUCAAAUGCCUACUUGUAUGCAUCCUUUGUAAUGUUUUAUCAAUCUGUUGUAAUAAAAUCCAUCUUGAAAUCUAA